CGCUCCCUACUGGCUUUCAGAGUAAACAAAUUUUGCAGUGUAAUGUUUUAGAUUGAAAGUAGUGUAUACAAAAGAAUUUUUGAAUUGCAUCAAUAUGGAUCGACUUCUUAGGCUAGGAGGUGCAGGAUUAGGAGGCUUGGGACAGGCACCACCUCAGAGUGAUGGACCUGUUGUUGAUACUGCAGAACAAGUCUAUAUUUCAUCUUUAGCAUUAUUGAAGAUGUUAAAACAUGGACGAGCAGGUGUACCGAUGGAAGUCAUGGGUUUGAUGUUAGGUGAAUUCGUGGAUGAUUAUACUGUAAGAGUGAUUGAUGUAUUUGCAAUGCCUCAAUCUGGAACAGGUGUAAGUGUAGAAGCUGUGGACCCAGUUUUUCAGGCAAAGAUGUUAGACAUGUUGAAGCAGACAGGCAGGCCAGAAAUGGUGGUAGGAUGGUAUCAUUCUCAUCCUGGAUUUGGUUGUUGGUUAUCAGGAGUAGAUAUUAAUACCCAACAAAGUUUUGAGGCUUUAUCUGAACGUGCAGUUGCAGUUGUUGUUGAUCCUAUUCAAAGUGUAAAAGGAAAAGUUGUGAUUGAUGCAUUUAGACUUAUCAAUCCUAAUAUGAUGGUCUUGGGACAAGAACCUCGACAAACAACAUCUAAUCUGGGUCAUCUCACCAAACCUUCUAUUCAGGCAUUGAUACAUGGAUUAAAUCGUCACUAUUAUUCAAUAUCAAUCAAUUAUAGGAAGAAUGAACUAGAACAGAAGAUGUUGUUGAACUUACAUAAAAAGAGUUGGAUGGAUGGAUUGACAUUAGAGGAUUAUAAUGAACAUUGCCAGACAAAUGAAAAAACUGUUUGUGAAAUGCUAGAACUUGCUAAGGCCUACAACAAGUCUUUGGAGGAGGAAGAUAAAAUGACACCAGAACAAUUGGCAAUUAAAAAUGUUGGAAAACAGGAUCCCAAAAGACAUUUAGAAGAACAUGUUGAUGUACUGAUGGCUUCAAAUAUUGUUCAGUGUUUAGGAGCUAUGCUCAACACUGUUGUAUUUACUUGAAUUUUAUAUUUAUCUCAAACAUUAAAUAUUGAUAUAAAAAUUUA